AGUUACAUCUUCCCUCUCAGUGGGCUCCGAUUAUCAGUUGGUUGGUCAAGUUUCUAAAUGAAACGUUUCAUACUCUUCUGCGUUGGCUUACUUGCUUCAACGGAUGCAUUGACAACUAAAUCUUCAAUAAACGAUGAUUCACAGAUAGGACGGAUUCUAACAUUCGAAUCAGAAUCACAGUUGUCAUGCUAUUACGAGCCCCUUGAGACCGGAAUGAUACUAAACAUUGGAAUGAGACCAACUUUUGAUACAGUUUAUCCUAUGCAAUUCCGUGUCACAUCACCCAGCGGUGAUUUUUCGGAUUGGGCAAGUGGAGAUGGCGAUGCUCACAUGGAGCAUAAUACAACAGAAAAUGGACCAUAUGAAAUUUGUGUUUACACUCGAAGACCUAUGAAAAUAAAUCUGUAUUUACAGUUCUAUAAUCCAGAGAAGAUGGAAAAUUCACUAAAGACAUUCUUCGCCCACCAUCAAAUUUCGAAGGACAUUCAAAAUUCAAUUAUGGCAUCGACACAUCGAAUCUACAAGAUCUAUUAUCAUCUGAAAUUCUAUAAUCAGAUGGUUGUUCGAGACGAAGCUUUACAAUUACAAAACUCGGAGUUUAUUCAAAACUACAACAUUGUCUUUUGCAUUGUCGCAAUAAUCAUUACAAUUUCACAAGUUUAUUACGUGCGGAAGCUUUUCAGAAUUGACCCAAACAGAAUUCAAUUCUAAAAAAUAAAUCUAGAUGUUGAUUGAACUGUUUUGAAAUGAAACUGUGGAGACCUCCUCAGUAAACAAUUAUU